UUCCCAGCCCUAAUAUAAACCCUAAUAAAAGUGAAGGAACUAAUGAUAUACGUGGCAGAUUAUAUUUGUGGAAGUUAGUACGCACGCAGCAGAGCUGUGCUGCCGCCCUCCUCUCUCUACUCUUUGUUUUUGUUUCUGUUUUUUACUUUUUUCAGUUUUUGAACAAAAGUUGUUCUCCUCUCUCUACUCUACUUACCAAAAACAUAAAAAAAAAAGUUUAAUAUUAUUAAUUGGGAUGCACACAGAAAAGGAAAUAGAAAAUAAAAAAUAUUUAAAUAUCAAAGGUUGUAAACCAAACCAGUGAGCCACACCUUUCCCUUCCUCGUCUUUCCUCCUCAGUCCUCCUACCCCUUCCGCCGCUACUUCUCACUCUCCCUCUGCUCUCCCCCGCCGCCGCCGUCGCCGCCGGCCAAACGAAUAGUAAGAACUAAGAAGCUGCUUUCUUAACCCCAGAAAAGAAAACAAAAACAAAAGGCAAAAUGAGGCUUCAUUUCCUCUUCUUCUUCUUCCUGCUCCUCCUCUUCCACCUCCAUAUCUCUACCUCCUCCGCUCGCGUAUUGUCAGAAUCCCAAGCUCUCCUCUCUCUCAAAUCCGCCGUCACAGACGACCCAGAUUCCGUACUCGCCGCCUGGAACUCUUCUGCCGCCGUCUGUACUUGGCCCGGGGUCACGUGCGACUCCUCCCGUCGUCACGUGACAUCCCUCGACCUCUCCGGCCUCGGCCUCUCCGGUACCCUCUCGCCGGACGUCGCCCACCUCCGCUACCUCCAGAAGCUCUCUCUCGCCGACAAUCAGUUCUCCGGACCUAUCCCGCCCCAGCUCUCCGCCGUUUCGAGCCUCCGCCUCCUCAAUCUCUCCAACAAUGUCUUCAAUGGCACUUUCCCCAACCAGCUCGCCCAGCUCAAGAAUCUCCAGGUUCUCGACCUGUACAACAACAAUAUGACCGGCGACUUGCCGCUGACCGUUACCGAAAUGCCCAAUAUCCUCCACUUACACCUCGGAGGCAACUUCUUCGCCGGGAAAAUCCCGUCGGAGUAUGGUAGGUGGGAGUUCAUCCAAUACCUAGCUGUCUCCGGUAACGAGCUGGUAGGGACUAUUCCAUCGGAGCUGGGGAACUUAACCUCGCUGCAGCAGCUCUACAUUGGGUACUACAACAGCUAUGAAGGCGGUCUUCCCGCGGAGAUUGGGAACUUGUCCGAAUUAGUCCGUCUCGACGCCGCUAAUUGCGGGUUAACCGGCGAGAUUCCGCCGGAAAUCGGGAGAUUGCAGAAGCUGGACACAUUGUUCCUUCAGGUGAAUGCCCUUUCGGGACCAUUGACGCCGGAGCUCGGCCAGCUGAAGAGCCUGAAAUCAAUGGAUUUGUCCAACAACAUGCUCCAAGGGGAGAUUCCACCGGCUUUCGCCGAGCUCAAGAACUUGACCCUCCUCAAUCUCUUCAGAAACAAGCUUCACGGCGCCAUUCCGGAGUUCAUCGGCGAGUUGCCACAGCUUGAAGUGUUGCAGCUCUGGGAGAAUAACUUCACCGGAAGCAUUCCUCAAGGUUUGGGUACUAACGGCAGGCUCUGGGUCCUGGAUCUUUCUUCCAACAAGCUCACUGGAACUCUGCCUCCAGAUCUCUGUGCUGGUAAUCGCUUACAGACUCUGAUUACCCUUAGCAACUUCCUUUUCGGGCCGAUCCCAGAAUCGCUGGGAAAAUGCGAGUCGCUGAGUCGAAUUCGAAUGGGGGAAAAUUUCUUCAACGGCUCCAUACCAAGCGGUCUUCUAGGGUUGCCGGAGCUUACCCAAGUGGAGCUUCAAGACAAUCUAUUGACCGGAGAGUUUCCAGUUACUACCGAUGCAGUAGCCUUGAAUCUCGGCCAAAUCAGCCUCUCCAACAAUCAGCUCUCUGGUCCAUUGCCUCCCACCAUCGGCAACUUCUCCGGUGUUCAGAAGUUGCUUCUCGAUGGGAACCAAUUCACUGGUUCAAUCCCAUCAGAGAUCGGAAAGCUACAGCAGCUUUCAAAGAUGGAUUUCAGCCAUAACAAGUUAUCUGGGCCAAUCACACCUGAAAUCAGUCAAUGCAAGCUGCUGACGUUCGUCGAUCUGAGUCGAAACCAACUAUCCGGUGACAUUCCGACUGAGAUUACGGCGAUGAGGAUCUUGAACUACCUCAACGUAUCGAGAAACAGUCUCAUUGGUAGCAUUCCUCCAUCCAUUUCCACUAUGCAGAGCUUAACAUCUGUUGAUUUCUCUUACAACAACCUCUCCGGCUUGGUCCCUGGAACUGGUCAAUUUAGCUACUUUAACUACACUUCCUUUCUGGGUAAUCCGGAUCUCUGCGGUCCUUACUUGGGUCCUUGCAAAGACGGGGUCCUUGCAAAUGCGACCCACCAAGCACAUGCUAAAGGUCCACUCUCUGCUUCUCUGAAGCUCUUGCUGGUUAUUGGUUUGCUUGUGUGCUCCAUUGCCUUUGCAGUUGCUGCAAUCAUCAAGGCAAGAUCACUGAAGAAGGCCAGUGACUCUCGUGCCUGGAAACUGACUGCAUUCCAGCGCCUCGAUUUCACCGUGGACGAUGUUUUAGAUUGCUUGAAAGAAGAUAAUAUUAUAGGGAAAGGCGGUGCAGGGAUAGUCUACAAAGGUUCUAUGCCAAGCGGUGAUCAUGUUGCCGUCAAGAGGCUACCAGUAAUGAGCCGGGGGUCUUCUCAUGAUCAUGGUUUCAAUGCCGAGAUUCAAACUUUGGGGAGGAUAAGGCACAGGCAUAUUGUCAGGUUACUGGGGUUCUGUUCGAAUCAUGAAACCAAUCUUUUGGUCUAUGAGUACAUGCCCAAUGGAAGUUUAGGUGAAGUUCUUCAUGGCAAGAAAGGUGGCCAUUUGCAUUGGACUACAAGAUACAGAAUUGCUGUUGAGUCUGCAAAGGGGCUUUGCUACCUUCACCAUGACUGUUCCCCUUUGAUUGUUCAUCGUGAUGUGAAAUCAAACAACAUCCUUUUGGACUCCAGUUUUGAAGCUCAUGUUGCUGAUUUUGGCCUGGCAAAGUUCUUGCAAGAUUCUGGAACAUCUGAGUGCAUGUCUGCAAUUGCUGGAUCUUAUGGAUACAUCGCGCCAGAGUAUGCCUACACGUUGAAGGUUGAUGAGAAGAGCGAUGUAUACAGCUUCGGUGUGGUCCUGCUGGAGCUGGUCACGGGCAGGAAACCUGUGGGAGAGUUCGGUGACGGUGUGGACAUUGUCCAAUGGGUUCGCAAGACGACCGAUUCGAACAAGGAAGGUGCCCUGAAAGUGUUGGACCCUCGGCUCUCAACUGUGCCACUCCAGGAGGUCAUGCAUGUGUUCUACGUAGCAAUGCUAUGUGUCGAGGAGCAGGCCGUGGAGAGGCCGACGAUGAGGGAAGUUGUGCAGAUUCUAACCGAGCUUCCCAAGCCACCGGGUUUCAAGCAGGAUGCCGUGGCAACCGAGUCAUUCACGCUCACUGACUCGCCACAGUCGGCUUCAAGUCUAGGCUCUCCUACUGCAGCUACCAGUAAGGGAUCGAAAGAGCAACAGUCUCCACCGCCGGAUCUUCUCAGCAUUUGAAGUUAGGGUUUGUAGUUUGCUUAGCCCUGUUGUCCUAUUAAGAAGCAGGAAACAAGGGGAGUGCUGUUUGUUUUUCACUUUAAGCAAAAUUUCAUCAGAGGGUUGGGUUAUUACUUCCUUAAUCUGUAGUUUCUCUUCUUUGUUGCUAUUUAUGGGGGGAUGUAGAGAGAAUAGUAAGGGGAGGGUGGGGGAGUUUUAGCAGUUUGGAAGUUGUUUGUGUAUAGUAGUGGGAUGAGAUUGGAGAAGGGUUUAUGAAUGUAGUUUGGUUUGGGUUUUCUUUUUGUCAUUCUGGGUUUAUAAAUUUGUCCACAUAUUUGUGCUGGAACUUGGUUCAACCAUGGUUAUUGUCUACUCGAGUCAGUGAGAGCUUCUCCUUUGGAUCUGCAUGGGAAAAGGGGGGAAAAUUGAUUGUUCUUCACUGGUAACAAGAUUGAUUGCUUCUGCUGCUACUGGCUGCAGCUGAUGAUGAUGAUUGAUGAUCAUUGAUCAGUGGAAACAUGAAGAAGUGAAAUGGUGCUGGGGAGUCAGAGAGAGUCAGUGUUCCUAUUGGAAACAGAGACUUUCAUGACUCUUGGGCAUUAAUGGCUUGAAAGAGACUGGUUAGCAAGCUGUAUGGCUGAACCAAACUCUGUUUUAUCUCAUUUGGCGAACCUCUUUUUUAGGAGUAGAGGGAUUCAGAGCUGGGAAUCAAUCAAAAGUGGAUUAGAGUUAAGAGUACAAAGGGGAAAUUGCAAGUUUGGUCACUAGGUUUACUAAAAAUGUCACAUUUGGUCACUAAAAAUAUUUAAUUCCAUUCAUGAUCACUACAAUUAAACAUUUUAAGUUAGGUCACUCUCUGUCCAACUCCAUUAACUUUGGUUGUAAUCACAGUCAACUCUCAUAAUGGAUAAUUAAAUAUGUGACGUGACAAAUAAAAAAUUAUAAAAAAUAAAAUUUAAUAUCCUAAACUUUCCACCUCAUUUUCACAGAAGAAGAGGCUUCAACUAAUGGAAAAAGUGGCCGAUUCUCAGCCGAACCCUUCCCAAUUGCAAGAUUGAAUAUUGGACGCAACUUCAUGGUAGUGCCGGAGAAGAACCUUGCCUGAAAUGAACACAAUCUUGUGUAAAAUAUGCUUAAUACAUACAAAGACGAGCUCGAACGAUCAAGAAAAGAGAGAAUAAAUAUGUGUAAUUGUGGCGUUAUCAGUAUGCCUGCAAUUUUGAGCAUUUUCUAGAUGAAUCUUACUAGCCACUACCUAGUGGUAAGGUAAUUAUUCCACCAUUGUACUUAAAGCGCACCAAGGUUCAUCCAAGGACGAACAUGAUUCACAACAAGAAGGAUCAUUCCGGGCGAGCAAGAAGAGCUCCGAAGCGUUACAACUUACAAAUUAUGCAGGCAACCUAGGCACGAUAGGAGGCAGUGUACAGGAUAGCCUAUAGAGCUUAGUGGUGGCAAUUAAUAUCACUAAAAGUUACAUUAAUUUGUAAUGCAUAAGCUUUUUUGUAAUAAAAGUUGGGAUAUUCCAUGGUGGAAAGGGUAAGGUCCAUUUGUAGACGUUGGGAAUAAAUUAUUUAUACGAAA